GGAAAUUGCGGAGAAUAAAUUAUUCUUUCAGAAAUUUGAGACUAGAACUUUGAAUCUUCGGUUUUUCCGGCCUAAAGGUCAUUUCCGGUGGUACCUCCCCACCACCACACAACUGUUUACGUUCAACGACGAAAACAGGUGAACACGUGGUUGAACAUAACCUACAAAUUUGUGAUUGAACAAUUCAACUGUGAACUUACCCCCCGUAAUUAAAUACGUGGUUAUAAUAAUCAACUCUUCUACGUUUUAUCAAGUAAAUUAUCGACGUUCUCCUUAAGAUCUCUAUUGAGUCAAAUGACUUCCAGCUAUUGACACUUUCAAGAAGAAAAUAUCUCAAUAAAAUCAGUUUUCUAUCAGUGAAAUGCAAAGUUGAUCAGUUGAUGGCAGAACCAAUGGAGAAACAUCUCGAAGACAAUGAAACCUGUGAUGCCAAUGGGUCCAGCAAAGGAUCCCCAGCACAAACUGCAUGUCAGAAAGCUGGGGAUAGACAGUCCUUGGGACUGAUAGCUGCAGCUUACUGCUAUUCAGAUUCAGAAGAUGAGGCAGAGACACUCAUCGACGAGCCUCAAUCAGUGGAAAAUACCUUGACAACAGCCAAUGGAACAAUUGGUCCGUAUCGUGAUAAGGAUUCCAGUGACGAGGUGGACAGUUCCGAGGAUUCCAGUAGCAGUAGCUCCUGUAGUAGCUCCAGCAGUAGCUCCAGCAGUUCCAGUAGCUCAUCAGAGACGUCAGACAGUGAAGACGAGCAAAAUGUCAAGAGCAGGAACAACAAACAGACAAAGAAUAGGAAAAUGGAGAAGGACAGGGAACGGGGAGAAUAUGAUGAUCUGCCUCCAAUUGAAGAUUUACAGAUUUCAAUGCCUGAGGUGUUGUGCGAGCCACUUGGCGUUGUGGGGUGGAUGGUAGAUCAACUAGUUGUUGUCACUCCAAAGCGCGGCAAGCCGACCCUAAACAUUGACACAGUCCUGUUCAUCGAUAAAGGUCAGCGUGUACUUGGUCAUAUUUUCGAUGUAUUCGGUCAAGUAUCUGAGCCACAUUAUUGCGUGAGGUUCAACGAUGCCGAACACAUCAAGAUGAAGGACAUUCAAGUUGGCAUGACAGUGUAUUUCUGUCCGAAUACUGAGUACACAUCGCUGGUCUUCAUGUCUGAGCUUCUCAGAAUGAAGGCGACUGAUGACGUAGGUGAUGACGAGCACCCCGAGUUCUCAGAUGACGAGCAGGAGAGAGCAUACUAUGCAGCGCUGAAGAACAAAAAAAAUUCAUCGAACGGAGUCAACGCGAGCAAGCAAAACUCAGAAAUUCCACAUAAACGUCUCCGAACAGCCCCAAAAACCGGCUGGAGAUCGCAGCAUCCCUGGAACACCACUCGAAAGAAUCAUCACCAGAAUUAUUCGAGACCAACGAUACCAAAUGACAACUUUCAGCAUCAGCAAUAUCCAUGGAAUCCUCCAGCAAACUGUCCCCAAUCAAAUUGGCCACCACAAUCUUCCUACCAAACCUGGUCCAGACCAUUUAAUCCACAGUCACGACCAUCAUUCCCUUCUCCGAACUUCCCGAGUUCCUCAAUCCCUCAUCAACAGCCCAUAAUGCCUGCUCCUUGGCAACAAACACAGCACGUUAACUUGUGGAAUAUUCCACCACCUCCACCCCCACCUCCUCCACCAGGUGUUUAAUGAUAUGUUUUUAAUAUCAAGGGACUAGAACUGCCUUAAACAUAAUUUAUUUUCCUGUACCUUCCAUCAUUAUCUUAAUUCAUAAAUUUUCUUCAACACAAUUAUACAGUUUCACAUGGCACUUGUCCAAGGCGACGAGUUUCUCCCAAAUACUCCGUUCCUUCAUCAUAAUAUAAAUCACGUUUUUUCGCAAUUGAAAAAUUGAUGUGUUUUGUACUCCGUCAUCUUGGGCUCAUCAAGAUGUUCAUCCGCAUAGAGGAUAUCAUUUUUUAUUUCGGCAAUGAGUGCGUCUGGAAAAUGAAGGCAUCAAUGAACGUUCAGUCAUUGCUUAAGAAUUAUGAAAGAUUUUGUCUAAUUUUAAUGUCAAUAGAACGCACCGACUGAUGGAAAGUCCCUCUCUGGUCUGAUGAAACCAGUGACAAUAACUUUCAGCUCUUUUCCAUGAAGAUCUUCAUUGAAAUCAUGGAGCAUGUGGACUUCCUGUUGAAAUUUAAAUUGAAUGUUAAAAAACCUCAUCAUGAUAAUCAUGUGAUGUUGAACGAAUCGGAAUUUCUUAUCCACUAAAAUGUUGAUUUUGGAAAUUUCUAUUUGUCCAUCACUUCAUAUAAUUUGUCUACGUUUUAUGACAAAAACGGAUAAUAUAAUAAUUCUGUUCUUCUCUGAUACUUUAGAAAAGUAAUAAAUAUAAUUUUUCUGUGAUAUUUGUAUUCUACAACAACAUUUACUUGCUGCGGUAAAAAAUUGCUUAACCCACACGACGAAGACUCCCUCACACGGUUAAUUUAUUCACUGAUUAGAAAUAUGCAUUACCAUGGAUUUUUUUUCAUUUUUGUAGAAUGGAUUCCAUCCAACACACAUAACCAUUUUAUAGACGUCACCGUCGAGUUGAGCCCAUCCGUAAUAAAUUCCAUUGUCAAACUCCUUUGGCAGCUUCUCGAUGACUGUGUCUGGGUAAUUAGCUGUUGAACAAAACGAAAACGUUGACAAUAUACAUGAAAUUCAACUCCAUUUGUCGUGUCAGUUCAUCUUAAACAAUUAUCCGAACUCACUAAAUGAUUCGUCAAGGUCGUCACCACUGAUUAUUGCAUGUUCAGAAGAAUUAAUUUAAGUAAAAAAAAUAUAAUCGUCACCUGUGGGUAUUCCUAGAGCUUUUGAACCUCGACCAAAACCCUUGACGAUGACUCCCGAUGCAAAAUACGGUAAUAAUCUGUUCAUGGCCAACGCUUGUGAGGAACGAAAGUGGCAGUGACUGGAAUUCUAAUCUAACACAAGUAGAAAAAGAAUUAUUAGUGCGUUUGUCAUCCACUGUCUGCGUUUAUCUAAUAUUUAUCUAACAGUGCAGCUAGAGGAAGGACAAGACAAAUGUGGUUUAGGUCUAGUCAAUGGUAGAAUAUUUUUUAAAACUAUAUUUUUGGCUGUUUUUACUCUUCAUUAUUCGAAAAUAAAUAUUUCCCUUUCGUUGUCAAUUUCUUUGUUCAUUCUAACAACGUUCGGAUGGAAUGUGCAUAAAUUUUGAACGUUUCGCAGUCAUUGAUUAACAAAAAAAUAAAAUAU